AUGGAUGAAGGCACCGGACCUACGACCAUCACCCCCGAAACCGCUCCCCGGUGGUCUCUUAGCCGUCGCCUUCGGUCCCUCCGUCGAGCCUUUACAACCCGCGAUGGCCUUCUCGGUGACUACAACUAUGGCGUCCUGUUCCGCCCUAACCUCCCAUUCAUGCCCAAGGGCUCAGGGUCUGGAAAGAGUCCGUUCUUUGGCCUCAAUGAUCGCAUGCCCGUGUUCUUGGGUCUGCUACUAGGGCUACAGCAUGCGCUGGCCAUGUUGGCUGGCAUCAUCACGCCGCCGUUGAUUCUGUCGGGUCCGGGCGGAGCCAACUUGUCGACUGAACAGCAACAGUAUCUGGUUUCCACGGCGCUGAUUGUAUCCGGAAUCUUGUCGAGCAUUCAAAUCACGAGGUUCCGCAUCUACAAGACUCCCUACUAUCUCGGAACUGGACUUAUAUCUGUCGUGGGUAUCAGCUUCAGCAUCAUCCCCGUUGCCCAAGGAGCGCUUACUCAAAUGUAUGCCAACGGAUUCUGUCCCUCAGACGCCGCUGGCAAUCCCCUGAGCUGUCCUCGUGGAUACGGUGCUCUGCUGGGAACCUGUGCGGUCUGCGCCUUGCUCGAGAUGCUACUGUCCUUCAUCCCACCGCGUAUCCUGCUCCGAAUGUUUCCCCCCAUCGUUACAGGUCCGACAGUCAUGCUCAUCGGCAUCAACCUCAUAAAAAGCGGCUUCCAGGACUGGAUGGGAGGAAGUGGCUGUACAACAGCAGCUCUGUGUCCCAGCCCCGGCGCACCACAUGCUCUACCUUGGGGCUCGGCCGAGUUCCUCGGUCUGGGUUUCAGCGUCUUCGUCACAAUCAUCUUGUGCGAGCGCUUCGGAUCUCCCAUUAUGAAGUCGACGUCUGUUAUUAUCGGCCUACUAGUGGGGUGUAUCAUUGCCGCUGCCUGUGGCUAUUUCGAUCGAUCCGGCAUCGACUCUGCCCCCGUCGCCUCCUUCAUCUGGGUACAUACGUUCCCAUUGUCUGUCUAUGGGCCGCUGGUGCUGCCAGUACUUGCCGUUUUCAUCGUCUGCCUUACCGAGUCCAUCGGAGACAUCACCGCCACCUGUGAUGUAUCCCAUCUUGAGGUCGAAGGCAUGAUCUACGAGUCCCGUAUUCAAGGCGGGGUGUUGGCUGACGGCCUCAACGGUUGUCUCUCAGCCCUCAUGACAUUAACGCCGAUGAGCACCUUUGCCCAGAACAACGGUGUCAUUGCGCUUACUCGCUGCGCCAACCGCAAGGCCGGAUAUGCCUGUUGCUUCUUCCUCCUCGUCAUGGGCAUCUUUGCCAAGUUCGCCGCCGCUCUCGUCUCCAUCCCGUCCGCGGUCCUCGGCGGCAUGACCACCUUUCUCUUCUGCUCCGUUGCCGUCUCUGGUAUCGCCAUCAUCUCGCGCGGCGUGCCAUUUACGCGCCGCAACCGUUUCAUCCUCACUGCCGGCCUGGCUCUCGGCUACGGAGCGACCCUGGUGCCCAAUUACUUUAGCACCGUCUUUACGUACCAUGGAGACAACAAGUCACUCAGCGGCUUCCUCGAUGCUAUUGUUCUCGUUAUGGAGACUGGGUUCGCCGUCACGGCGGCAGUGAGCAUGAUUUUGAACUUGUUGAUUGAGGAGGAGAUGGAGGAUGAUAUCAGUGCGGAUGGCGAUGACGAUGUGGACGCGGUUCGCAACGUUAGCUCGUUUCCCGUGAAGAGGUAUGAGCAGAACAAUGACAGCGAUGAGAUUCGGGAUAUAGGAGAGGGCGGCUCAAACACAACAAGAGGAGAGAAGCAGGCCUAA